UGGGUGUUUAUAUACGGGGAGAGAGGCCGUAUAUCUUUUAUUUGCGUGCAACGUCCGAACGAAAUCAAUUUCAUGGUGGUCUGAGAGAAGAGGAGAGGAGAGAAACCCAGAACUCACACACAGGAGAAGAGGGAGAAGAAACUGAAAGAACCCUUUUUUUUUUCAAUUCGUAUCUAUUUCUGAGAUCUUGUCCUUCUACAUUGGCUACUUUGUAGUGGCCAAGGGUUUGGUCGGAUCGUCUGUGGAAACGGCGCUGAUUUUGUGGUUUGGACUGUUAGGGUUACGAUCAGGAGAGGUCGCGGAAUAAAGCCGGUGUAUUUGGAUUGUUCAGGUGUGUUAACAGGAAGUGGAAAUAGAGAUCUGAAGAGGGUUUGUAAGUUUGGAUCUUUUCCUGGAGUUGGGUUCGUGGAUUAUAUGGUUCUGGUGUUGAGUUCCUGAACCUGGACCUUUCACACACUGAAUCUGCAUUGAGAGAUGGUGAAAUUUUGCGUUUUUGGAUAUGGAAGAGGAUUGCAGUCUAAAACUUGUGUGAAUGGUGAUAUUGAAUCGAGAAUUUCAUUUCGAGGUUUUUGCUUGGUGACUAUUUGAUCUUUCUGCAUCGGGAGAUGCUCUUGAUAUCUGAUUUUGCUGAUAAGGAGCAGGUGAUGGUUCUUUAUCGUCUCAUCAGGGGAGACAGAAGAAGAUCAGAUUUCAGUGGACUAUCUUCGUUCCUCAGGAAACCCUUCGGCUUAACAUAGCUACUCAGCAACAAGCUGUACCUUUUGGAGCUAAUUUUUUUCUGUGUUUCCUGUCUGUGGUAACGGUCAAGCUAUCUAGUGCAGCACUUUUUAUACAGUAGAUUUGAUCUUUAUCUGGGCAUCAUUCAAGCUAGUGCAGUGUUUGGUCGAUAGAUUUGGGUCAUCAAAUUCAGAGGAGUGUGCUUCUUCUUGGAUAAUAGUGAUUUGAGUUAUUGAUUUUUUAACAAUUUUUAUUGUUGGGCCUUAAGAUCAUGGAACACAAUUGAAUUUGGAAAUGAGUGCGGGGACAUGGUGCAUGGAAGGGAGAACAGUUGCUGGUCCGUUCCCUUCUUGGAACAGUUCUUCUGUAAACUAGGUGAAGCAUUUUUGUUGGUGAAAGGAGCCUCAGUUUCUGAUUCCAAGAUUCCGUGCAAUGUCUCGCUGCUUUCCAUUUCCACCACCGGGAUAUGAAAAGAAGGCCAGGACUGAUGAAGCAGAUAUUCUAACCAAGGAGAAGCAGAAAGAGAAAAAACAUAAGAAGGAUAAGAAAGAGAAGAAGGACAAGGAGAGAAGCAAUGAUAAACACAAAGAAAAGAAAGACCGAAAGGAAAAGCAUAAAGACAAGAAGGACAAGGAUAAAGAUAAUAACAAAAUCUCUGAUGAGAAGAGGAAUGAAGGGCGACAUGAGGGCAACAAUGGAGAGAAGAUUGACCAGAACAGACACCAGGCUGAGGAGAUCAAGAAUUCUAAAUUUGUGCAGGAGUUGGGCAGGAGGAUCAGAGAUGCAGAAAAAGGGACAGGGGUCCAAAUGCUUGAGAGCUUUACUGUUGCAGAUCAAAGAAAAGCAGAGGGUAUGGUCAGGUUGGUCGAGAAAGUUGUUGACAAUAGGUCUGAAGUUAAAGAAAAGAAUAAGGUUGGUGCAGAUCAAAAAAGAGCUGAGGUGGGGAUGGCCAGAUUGGUGGAGAAGGAUGUUAGCAACAGGGUUGAAGGGAAAGAAAAGAAUAAGGAUGUUAUUGUUCAACGAAGAGCUGAGGGGAUGGCUAAAUUGGUGGAGAAUGUUGUCAAUUGGGCCGAAGGGAAAGAAAAGAAUAAGGAGAAGAAAAAUGAUGAUCAAAAGGCUGAUGUACAAAGAAGUAGAGAUGAGGAAAGAAAUUCAGGAAAUGCAAAGAACUUCACCAAAAUGGAUCAACAGAGAGUUGAAGGAAUGGGCAAACCAAUGGAGAAGGAUGCUGAGAAGAGACUGGAAGGGAAAGAAAAGAAAAAAAGCAAGGAAGGCAGUGGUAAACAGGGGGAUAAGCACAAGGGGAGAGAUCGAGAGAAGAAAAGCAAAGGAAAGGAUAAAGACCGGAGUAAAGAGAAGGAGAAGGAGAGGGAGAAGGAGAAAACGAAGGAAAAAAUUAACAGAAAAAAUAGGGAGCAUGACAAAUUAAAAGAUAGCAGCAAGGACUCUACAAGUACCAUCAACAAUAAAACAUCUGCAUUAAACUUAUCCAAGGAGAGUGACAAGAGCUUUGAUGCCGAUGGAAAUCUCAAGAAAAGAAAAGACAGAGAGAUGAAUGGGUUCUUACAUGGGAGUGACAUUCGGCCAAAUAAAUUACCAAGACCUGCCUUUUCCUCUCACCUGUUAACAGAGAAUGGAAAAAAAGUUGAUCCAUGCCAACCUUCUAUCCAGUUUACUUCAGAUAGGCAGGGGCUACCGAAUAAUUUUAAGUCAGAGAAUAAGGAGCGCAAAGUCAAUGGGAUAAUAGAUGUUCAGCCAGCUUCUGUUUGCUCAACAAAGGAGCUCCCUGCAGCACAAGCAAAUGAGAAUGGUGAAGGUUCUACAAGACCGCCGCAUCCAACUUCUGUUUGCUCAACAAAGGAGCUCCCUGCAGUGCCAGCAAAUGAGAAUGGUGAAGCUUCUACAAGACCACCGCAUCCUGAUUUGAGGUAUCUAAGCCAGAUACUUUCGGUACCCAAGAUGGAGGAAUGGUCCGAGUUUGACGAUCAGGAAUGGCUUUUCAGCAGUGACAGUCUUCAAUCGAAGAAGCCCAAGGUGGGAUCUUCUGUGGUUAAUGAGACCCCACAGGUGUGGGCGGAAGCCCUGCAGAUAGAGUCGGCUGAUGUUUGUGCUCUGCCAUAUGUCAUUCCAUACUGAUUGAAUACCGAUGGGACUUGGAUCUCAUACCCUCCAAAUUUCCCUAACCACAGCAGACCCUAAAAGUACCCUAAGGAAGGAAAAGCAGCACUGGGGUCUCAGAGAUGGGUUGUUGGUUUCUUGUGCUGCUUUCUCCUGUUAUUAUCUUCCUGUUCUUUCAGGUAUGCGUUUCACCGACAUCUGUUGCAGUAAGUAUUGAUUGCGUGUGACUACGUUGUCCUGGAAUUCUUUUAUAUGAAAUCAAAUCUGUCACACACCUUUCAUUGAUUGCUCCAUUAGGUUGGUCCAUCUUUGCAGGCACGGUAUGGGAAAGUGUUUUUACCCCCCUCAUCUGUAAGUACUAAUCCAUGAGAACCUAGGUACCACCAGAAGAUAAUGUCAUUGCGAGAUCCGAAAAAACACCCGAGUUGAUUGAAGGGAAAAAAAAAUGGGUUGAAAAGAUGCUAAAUUUGUGCAAUUUAUUUUUGUUUCUUCAAGCUAAAACACUCUUCUUAUUGAUAGAGAGUGAAGAGAAGCUUGGAGUGGUUUUUGCUGCACCACCACAAUUUUGAUUUGUACCAUAUAAAUCUUAUUUACAAGAAAUGUACAGUAGAGAGAAAAAGAAAAGAGGCAGUUCCAUUCGUUUA